AGUAAUUAGGACGAAUAUGAUGGCAUAACCAAAUUAUCCCAGUGAAGAGUACCUUGACCUGUCGGAAGCAACAUCAAGAAUACGGAGUAUUACCACCUUAUGGAAGAGGGCUUAGAACACUGCAGCCACACCCAAGUAUGAUGUGUCCAUCUUCACCACAGCCCUGACCAUCAAACUGGUGGCGGCAGUGACAUGGGGGACUAUGCAGCACUUCAACUGGACACGCGUCUGCGACGACUGUACCCGACACGGCUGCCCAUCAUGACACGGUGCCCACCGGGAGAAGUGAUUGUUCGUGUUGCCUAUGCUGGCAUCUGUCACACUGAUCUUGCCAUUCUGCAGGGUGAUUUUCAAAUAGACUGUGAUCGGCUUGUUCUUGGACAUGAAAUAAGUGGAAUUGUCUCAGGGGUUGGCAAAGAAGUUAACUGGUUGAGAGUUGGUGACAAGGUCGCUGUGAAUCCAAACAGCAAAUGUGAGCGAUGUGCAGUUUGUCUUCAUGAGGAAAUGGGUGCACCUGCGGAAGCAAGUGUAGGUGUGGAACGAGAUGGAGGCUGGGCAGAGUUCUGCCUAGUGCCACAGUCGCAGUUACACUUGCUGCCAUCAGACGUCCCUCUCAAACAAGGUGUGCUAUGUGAGAGUCUCUCAUGCGUGGCUCAUGCAUGGGAACAUGUGACGCCACUUCCACACAGUGCACGUGUUGCUGUGCUCGGCACUGACCUGGUGGGCUGUCUUACUGCCAGCCUGCUGCACGUACAGGGCUACCGCCGUGUCACAUUGUGUGAAAAUACUGAGGCUGCCCGCCAGAGAGCCCACAGUCUCGGCCUUGGGUAUGAGAUGAUAGAUCAUAAUGAACUCUGUAACAAGACUUUUGAUUUGGCAAUUGACUGUACAGGAGAUGCCAUGAUUCAACAAGAAGCAGCCCAUGCAUUAGGUUUUGGAGGACACCUUCUCAUUUUCAGAUCAAACUCUGUGAAGGACAGACUAUGCCUGUCACCAUUUAAUAUUUUCACAAAUGAGAUAAAAGUCACUGGUUCCCUUAUCAAUCCUUAUGCCUUUGGGAAGGCUCUUACUUGGGCUUCAGUGUUGGGGCACAGGUAUCUUGAUUUCAACAAAUUGGGUGUUGUCUCAUACCCAUUGAAAGAGUACCAAGAAGCUCUUGAGACAGCAAAGAGUGAUGAUGCAGCAAAAGUAGUCUUUGAGUUUGAUGUUUCUGAUGUACCGACUCCAUAAAUGCCUAAAGUAAAGGUGACAUCUCUUUCUUUAUUACUUAUUCAACCCUAUGGCAAGAAAACUGAAAACCGGCACAAUCAAGACAGAAGUGGCCUGCU